AUGGAGACCUUCGUUAUCAAAACCCCUUCGUCCUCCGCCAACAUUGGUCCCGGCUUCGAUGUCAUCGGCCUCGCCCUCUCCGUCUACCUCGAGCUGCACGUCACCAUCGACCGCGCCCGCGCCACCUCCGCCGAGCCCCUGAACUGCCGCAUCACCUACGAGGGCCAGGGCGAGGGCAGCGCCGACAUCAGCCUCGACCCCUCCGUCAACCUCAUCACGCGCGUUGCCCUCUACGUCCUGCGCUGCCAUGGCCAGCGCAUGUUCCCCGUCGAGACCCACGUCCACAUCAAGAACCCCAUCCCUCUCGGCCGCGGCCUCGGCAGCUCCGGAUCCGCCGUCGUCGCCGGUGUCAUGCUCGGCCGCGAGGUCGGCCACCUCGACCUCGACCUCGACCGCCUCUUUGACUUUUGCCUCAUGAUCGAACGCCACCCCGACAAUGUCGGCGCCUCCCUCUACGGCGGCUUCGUCGGCACCUACCUCCGCCCCCUCGCCCCCGAAGACACGCAGCGCAUCGAGAUCCCCCUCGCCGAGGUCCUGCCCGCCCCGCACGGCUAUAACGACACUUGCAAGACCCCGCCGUCCUCCUCCACGAAUCGUCCUGGGCUCGAGAGGCCCCGGGGACUGGAAGACAAAAAUAACGCCGGACAAAAACAAUUCCCCUGGGCCAAGGAGAUCAAGGCCAUCGCCAUCAUCCCCAACUUCCAGGUGCCCACCCACCUCGCCCGCGAGGUCCUGCCGCCGCACUACACCCGCCCCGAUGUCCGCAUCGCCCUCCUGCCCGUCGCCCUCGGCACCUCGCCGCCGGACCCGGAGCUCAUCCACCUCGCCAUGCAGGACAAGAUCCACCAGCCCUACCGCCAAACCCUCAUCCCCGGUCUCAGCGAGGUUGUCGAGUCCAUGUCGCCGAGCAACCAGCCCGGCUUCCUCGGCGUCUGCCUCUCCGGCGCCGGCCCCACCAUUCUUGCUCUUGCGACCGGGAACUUCGAGGCCAUUGCCAACCGCAUCAUCCAGACCCUCAAGGACGCCAACCCGAAGCAGAUCGACUGCGAGUGGCGCAUCCUCGAGCCUGCCGAGGGCACUCAGGUCAUUCGGUAG